AUGAAUCAUUUUUCACGAACAGAUAACGAAAUUCAUACAUCGCACGAAUUUCUCGAAGUAGGACGCAUAUCUAAAAACCGUCACGGGGAUACGAAUCGAAAGCUUCAUUGUCCAGAUAUCUUGGGAAGACGAAUCAAUGAAAAUAGAGGUUGGUCUGCCGAUAAUCCCAAAGCUCAAAGUAUAAGGGAUACUUUGCUUAAAAUGUGGGAUAACUUGAGGCAAGGAGCUGAUACAGAUCAAGACGGUCAGGUUAGUCGAGACGAAUGGUUUCAACUGUGGGAAGAAUACGCGAAAAAUCCAUCGAAUGCAUCCGAAUGGCAACAGGACUACAUGUCUGUGACGUUCCAAUUGUUCGAUGCAUCUGGGUCAGGAAAUUACCUGGGAUAAAUUCACCAACCUCUGGAAACAAUAUUUUUCCUCGGACGAGCCGACCGCAGCCGGAAACUUUAUUUUCGGAAAAACUUCCUUCUAACUCGCUUUGCCCCGCGGAGAGCCGACCCCGGCGUGCAUAAAUAUAUACAUAUAUAUUACACUUCCUCGCGUCGCAUUCUACUAUUCAUUCUGCUGAUUUCUCGCGGUCAGUUUAAGCAGGAUCUUUUUGUUCGACAACGAAUACAAGAUAAAAUGCGAAUAUUUAAUUCUUAAAAGCUAUCCGAGCGAAAGCUAUAUUAUCGUUUGCACAGAGCGAUUUCUCUUUCCUUUCAACUUCUCCUUUUCUUUUUCUUUUCUUUUUUUUUUCUUUUCUUUU